UCGAGAGUAGAUGAUGCAAGACAAGUUUCUGUACUUCAAGUUAAUCCGUUUGGUGUCUCACCAAACCAAAGCGUCUAUAGAGUACAUAUGUAUGUACAUACAAAGUGAUUUUGCGCGCCACUUAGAAUGUUAAUUUGUUGUUAGUGUUGUAAGCUUGCUGAAAUUCAUAGUUAAACGCUUUUUCCGAACAAACUUAGUGUAAUAAAAUGUUAAGCAAUAACAAACAACUCGAAAGCGGCUUAAUGAAGUGACAGAGUGCCUCGCGAAUGGAUUGUUGGAUAAACGGUUAUUCACUUCUUCCAAACAUUUCUUUAUCGCCAGUAGAAUCGAACGCAGUGGAUUGCCAAACAUCUUUAAAAUUUGGAAUCGGAAAUCCAAAUCGAUGAGAAAUCAAUUGCGAACGAAACCAGAACAGCCCUGAAAUGAAACUACCAAUUUAUCAAAACGGCAACACUGAUAGCAGCUCUACUUAUGUUGCGGGAUUAUCAACAAUCACAGUUUUGAAUACUACAUUCUACUACAUAAUUCAUCAAGCGAACGAGAGCAACAACUGUAGAAUAGCUAAAAAUGAACGAAACUCAGAUAAACAACUUUCUGCGCUGCCUAAUACAGAUCGAUGACCUUAACUAUUUGGCAUUACACGCACACUCCGCCGGUAUAAGUGACCUGAAUUCCACCACAGUAGCAACACAUAGUAGUGAUAGACAGCCAAAGCAUGACGAUCACAACGAUGACACGUCGAGCAGUCACGACCUCCUCAUCGCCAAGGUGACCGCCAUGGUGGUGCUAUUCUGCGCCAGCGCGCUAUGCGGCAGCAUUCCAUUCCUGCUGAAUCGAUUUUUUCGAUGGACAGAAAGACAUGCAAAUACACGUUCGGCAACGGUUGUGAAGUGCCUGCUAUAUUUUGGUGGUGGUGUGCUGCUGGCCACAACAUUCUUACAUCUGCUACCGGAAGUACAGGAGUCUAUCGAGCAAUUGCAGGAGUGCGAUAUACUACCCACACUGAGUUUUAGUAUGGCAGAGUUACUCAUGUGUAGUGGCUUCUUCCUGAUGUAUCUGAUCGACGAGCUCCUAUACUCGUACAUACAUCAACAUGUGCGAUUGAUGGAGCAUGAUGCUGGCGCCGCUUUCGAACGCGGUCGUAGCAUACGCAACAGUUAUUUAAUGAGGGGUAGCAAUAAAGACCCCACUGCGCUUUCAGAGGAACCUAAUAAGGGGUGCGAUAUUGCCAGUUUUGAAACCAAAAGCGAACCCAAAACUGAGGGGGCAUUGGCGGUGGCGGGCGUAUCCGAAACACCUGGAAGAACGGGUUCACUUUCACUGCAAAACUUGAUUGCCAAUGACGUAGAGAAUCAAAAGUAUAGGCAAAAGCAAUACAAGGAGGAUAUGUCGGGCGAUCACCAGUUGAAAGAGCAAACAGAGGGCAAGGAAUCAUACGAAGUUCCCCAGGUAAUACCCCAACCACACCACCACCACCAUCAUCACCACCAUCAUGCUCAUCAGCAGCAACACGGCCACUCACAUUUCCCGCUCGAAGUGGGCACCGACGGCAGCGAUGUGUUCGCGUCUUCUCUGCGCGGUCUAUUUAUUGUCCUUGCACUAUCUUUGCACGAAAUGUUCGAAGGCAUGGCCAUAGGUCUAGAAAGUGAUGCCUCAGAUGUGUGGUUCAUGUUCGGUGCCGUGUCGGCGCACAAGUUGGUACUGGCUUUCUGUGUCGGCGUCGAAUUAAUUGUGGCGCGUACGCGUUUCUUACUUUGCACGGUAUACAUCCUCACAUUCGCCGUGGUCAGUCCCAUUGGCAUCGGUAUUGGCAUACUGAUCAGUCAUAACGAAGGUAUAACAUCGCCCACCAUGUCAUCUGCCAUACUGCAGGGACUUGCCUGUGGAACGUUGCUGUACGUGGUUUUCUUCGAAAUUCUGCAAAAAAAUCACGCCGGGCUCAUUGCUUACCUUUCAUUGCUGGUCGGAUUUCUAGUCAUGUUCGGACUCCAACAGCUUGGGGAAGACGGGCAUGGACAUAGUCACGGUAGUUGUGGUAACUCAAGUGAUUAUGAUCAUGACCAUACUGACGAGCAAACAGAUGCCGAGAUUUUGUUGAUGAACAGAGUACAGAAUGCGUACACAAUUCAGACUCCGAUACAAGUGUUCCGUAGCCAAUACCAAUACCAGCAUCACCCCCACAGCAGCCAUGGUGUCAAUGAAAGUAAUAAUUUUGCGCGCGAAUUACAAAUAUUACGGCAAGCGUCUGAGAAGAUAAUACAAAAUGACAGCAAAAUUAAUUAAUUUACUUGAUAUUCGCUUUUAAGACCUAAAUUGUAAAAUAUGUAUGUAUAUAUUAAAAUUCAGUUUUUUUUUUUGUACUGUGGCGAUAAAUACAUAGUAAAUGAGCGGAAAUAAAACAUUAAAUAGUAUUUGUACGAGUAUAUACAUAUGUAUGAAAAUAAAGGUGGCGCCUUCCGCGUACAACUGAUCCUCUUUGUCCAUUAGCUGAUGUCACUAAAGUAUUUUUCGCACUGCGGAUGAAAUUUAAAUAUUCAAAUCAAGGCGCACCAACACAAGGUGGUGUUGAUUGAACAGCUGAUUGGAUAUUUUUGUGUCUACACUAGUACAGAAGAAUGUCAUACAAGACGAAAUGGCGUAACUUUAGGAUGUGAACAAAACGUAAUGGCAAAAAUCUUCUCCUAUUCCCUUACGUUUUGACAUCCUGAUGUACCAAAAAGCAAUAACAAAAUACACGGGAUUUUUACUUAUAUGCAAUUGCCACCACCUUAUAUCGAUUCGCCUUGAUUCAAAAGUAUCAAUUUCCCGAUAAAUUUUUCCUGAAAUUAGAUAAAUGCACCAAAAAAGUAAAUACAUUUUAUUCUUAUGUGUUUACAUUUUUCAUAGUGGGUAGUCAACCUCUCCCUUCAUUACCAUAUCUACUUUUGAACUUCAAAAGAAUUUCUCCUAACAGUUCAAUACAAAACUAUGUUUUAAGCAAUCUCUAUGCCCCUCUACAAAUAAGGCAAGAAAAGUGUGCUUGUAUCGCAUAUAAAUAUGUAACUGCAAAUCUAAAGCGCUGAAGAGUUGGUACAAUUUCACCUACUUUUAUAGCUGCUGCACAACACUGCCGAGCGGCAAAUUUUUAGUCGCGAAUGUUCGUCGGAAAAAAUAAAACAUUCUAACGUAUAUGAGAACGCGCACAGCCAAAGCAAAUGACGAAGUUCGCUCAGUUCUACGUUCCGGAAUGACUCUUGUUUUACUCUACCAAGGGCUGGCGACCUUAGCCCGUUGAGAUCGGAGAACCCCAUCAACCGUUUUUCGUCCACGGAUUGCUCCGCAUCCUUCUUCUCCGCGCAGGCAAUGAGUCCAACCCCAGGCCAGAAAUCUACUUUUGCUGCGUUUGCCAGAGACGACUCAAUCCGAACUCCACUUCGGUUUAGUGUUGCCAAAUUUUUUUCCAGCCAUAUGGGACAAAUGCAUAAUUUGUCCCAAAAAUACGGGAUGAACAAAAAUUUAACGGGACAAAUGAGAAAUAAAGGAUUUGCUCAUUUCAUCCCAGAUGUAAAAAUUUUUUGAAUUUUUUAGUAAAACUUAGUACAUGAGCUAUUUUAGGCCUACAAACGAUGGAGAAGUGAUCAAAAAAAUGUUAGUCACAUUGGGCUUCCUAGGGUGGGCCGUUGCGAAAACGCAACUAUUACCUUGGGCGAGACAAUAUACUAAAAAAGUUUGAAAAACACUCUGUUUAGGCAAUUCAAACCUAAACUAUAUUUUUAUUU